AUGGUAUUAACCAGAAAGGGAAGCAGGCUACAGCCAGACAUGAAUGACAACAUUCCGAUUUCCGCAUCAGGACCAGACACUCGUCCGAUGGCGGAGAACACUGCUGUGACCGCUGCGACCACAAAUCCUACCAACGCAGUUGUGGAUACCGCAACGACAUCGUCACCCGCACCGCAUGUAUUGAGUGAUGUGUCCGUGAGUUCGGAGGCGUUAAACAACACGAUAGUUUCGCCAGAAUUCGCUAGCCAGACCGCCCAAGACAUACGGCGAGAUUUUCGGCGAGAUGACAUGGGAUUCCAAAGGGCCUCAGGACAUGGCAGUGAGCUAAACGAGAUGGCGGCAUCCGUUGGUUUGAUGCAGGCGCAAUUGAUGAGGAGCGUGGAAGAAAUUAAGCAAUUAAGAAAUGAGUUGAGCCAGCAGAUUUCGAGUGUGAGGCCAAGUGGUCCACCUGUGGUCACUCAGCAGCCGCCUCCAAGCAUGGCUAUACCCGCUCACCGGGCCAGGACAGAGAACCAAUUUUUGCUACCACCGCCAGGUUUUCGCCAACCCAGAGAAAGUAAUCAAUUGCCGAAUCGCCCAGUUACACAACCACCAUUGGCAGGCUCAAGGGUAAAUCCACCACCGUUGUCUGCUCCAGGAGCAGGGUUUAGACCCCCACCGAACUAUGAUGCUACACAUGAGCGCUAUGCAUUCCAGCCAGCCGAAGCUCCUUACUGGCAGUCUCCACAGAGCAUGCCAUAUCCCCCAGUACCAUCUCCAGGUCCGAGAUAUGACGUGAAAAAGUGGGGAGUCCGUUUUGAUGGUAGCGACCAGAUAAUGGAUGCAGAGGAUUUCAUUUUUCGCCUAGAGUCCAUGAGGCAGGAUUACGGGUAUCCGUAUGAAGAGCUGCUCAGGGACUUCCCACAGCUACUCGAGGGCAGUGCGCUGGACUGGUACUGGCAACAGCGGCGGAUCGCUCCCUUCAAUCACUGGGGACAUCUGAGAGAAGCAUUUUUAGCCCAGUUUCGACGCUUCCAGAAUGAGUUCCAGAUACAAAAAAGGAUUAUGGACAGACGUCAAUUACCAAACGAGCCAUUCGAGGAAUUUUUCAAUGAAAUUAUUAAAAUGAGGAACCAGCAACGAGUGCCUUAUAAUGAGUGCGACCUAGUGGAAAUCAUGAAGGGAAAUUUGAAAUCGUCCCUAGCUGCUUUGAUUUUCCCAAUACGAAUACACGGUUUGAACCAUUUCCGCCAAGAGGUAAAGCGAGCCGAGGCGAUGAUUGCAGGACAAAGGCAGGCUUACCAGCAAAGGCCCUACCAGCCGCCAAGAGUCCAUGAGCUGCAUUACGAAGAAGCAUUCGUCGAGCCUAUGAACGAAACGGUCGGUGUAGAAGUAGACGCGCUGAGGGAUACAACUAAAUACACUUGCUGGAAUUGCCGGAAGAGUGGUCACAGCUACGUCGAGUGUCCGAUGCCCAUAGGCCGAGUUUUUUGUUUUCGCUGCGGUAAAGAGGGAGUAGUAACACCAAAGUGUCCUAAGUGUCAGGGAAACUGGCCACGGAGCGCGCCUCGUACUGCGGAAGCGCGUUCCACACAGACGGAACCCCCACAGCAGUGAACGAAGCAUACAUACCAACGACUAAUAUUUCCGAUUCAGCACCAAUUAGAAUUCUGGUUAAUCAGGAACCAAAGAUCAUUAAGAAAGAUAGCCACAUUAGAGAGUUGAAGCCUUUGCAUGUGCGUGUGAGAGAAUACGAGGAAGCUAGAGCUAGGAUUUUUGGUAGCAUUUCGCCGAAGGUAAAGAGGGCGCGAGAGCGUUACAAGCGCAGGAGGCAAAUCCGUCACGCUAUUGCUUCUGCUUCUUUGUAUGAAGGUGACGAUGCGAGGCUAUAUACCAAAAUCCAGAUUCAGGGCGCUGAGAUAGAGGGUCUACUGGACAGUGGAGCCACUGUGUGUUGUCUAGUACGGCCGAUGAGACCCCGCACAGAAUGGCAGGCAAGUUUACAGUGCCAGUUACCUUUAAUAACCGAACCCGUGAGGUCACGUUUUAUCUGGUACCAACUUUGAAGAAAGAGCUAUUCCUAGGAGUAGACUUUAUGAAGGCUUUCGGAUUGUUCGCUUCUGUUGAGAGCCUCACUACCAAUGG